GGCAUACUUGACUAGAACGCUCACCAAGUCUCCGCCCGCUCAGCGCGCUCAGGGACUAUCAAAUGCUACUCGGGCAACAAACACUGUUUCCCGCCUCCCUGUGGCUUCUUCUCUGCCUCGUACUGGGUGCCAACGCGGCAGAUGAUGAUUUCGACUGUCAUGUCAAGCUCGGCGCGAGCCAAUACGACUUGACCAAACUGGAGGGGUUACACUCACUCACGCACAACUGGGACUCUCCUCCAUCGAAGGUGUCCGAUCGCUUUGAGUGGAAUCUAUGCCAAGAUCUGGAAGUACACGGGGACGUCAAGGAGGAAGACCAGUGCCCCUCAGGAACGCGGGUCUGCUUAACUAGGUCUUACCAAAAGGGCGAGGACCCGGAUCGAAUAUAUGCUGUUGUACCGCUGGCCAAGACUCCAGACCUUCGCCCGGAGUAUAAGCAGCUGAAGUCUCCAGACGGCCUUUCGGUGGUUCUUCAUGGAUCAAAUUAUGCUCUGAGCAACUCCACUGCAGUUCCUCAAUCCGUCGCGUUCUCUCUGCUUUGCUCGUCCUCUUCAUCAGAACCCGAGUUCGUUUCAUAUAAUGGCAGCCAAUUGGAGGUUACUUGGAGUAAUCCGUCGGGCUGCUCGACGAAAGGCUCGGACACACCUGACAAACCUCAAGAGGACGAUACGAGGGGAGGCAACAAAAGUAGCUCAGGAAGUAGCAUCGGAUGGUUCUUCCUUGUGAUGCUACUCGCUCUCAUUGCAUAUUUUGCGCUAGGGGCGUACUACAAUUAUUCCACGUACGGCGCGACUGGCAGCGACCUGAUCCCCCAUCGCGACUUCUGGAGGGAAGUUCCAUACAUGCUCAGGGACGUGGUUUCCCACCUCUGCUCAACGUUCCGUACACGGCCCAGCUCGAGCAGAGGUGGGUACAUCGCGGUAUGAUGAGACAGAGGCGAUGGUAUGCUACGCAAGCUGUGACUCGUUCUGUGCUUUUCAUGUCGCGAUACCCAUAGCUUUCUGCCUAAUCUCAACAAAUAUACUAUGGUCGUGGACUCGCUCUUCCGCCUUACUGCCGUCUCUAUACCAAUUUGCUGUAGCGGCUGUCGUGAGAACGGAAGGUUGAUGGGCGGGUCGCGUCAAUAUCUGAUGAGUC